UUCAUAAUUUACAUGCUUUCAGUUGGACUAAUAUGUACCUCAGCACUAUAACAUAACCGCUGUUUAUUUUUGCCAAGCUGUUUUUGCCAUGCAAAAUUUGUCAAUGCAGAAAUCGGUUGACUCAUCCGAGGAGUCCAUCUCAGAUAGAGUGGUCAACUCUGAUAAUGACAAUUUGAGUGUUGUCGGAUUCGAACUUACGUCUCGCAACCUUGAGAAAUCUUUUCAGUCGGGUAAACUGAGGGAGUUUUUUAACCAGCUUUGCGUGAGUGUGUCGACAAAGUUUACUAAAGAAGUGCCGCUGGAAUCGCCUGAGGGCGAAGAAGUUUUCAGCGAAUCGUUAAUUGUUCCUAUUGAGCAGUUUGUGUUUGGCAAUUGCAAAACGUUGGACGAUUUCGCGGCUGAGUUCGAGAAAACGAAUAAGCAAAAACCGAUCAAAUGUGGUCGGAUUUUCAGCAAUGGCGAGCCGCACUACUCGUGUCGUGAGUGCUCGGUCGAUCCGACGUGUGUGUUGUGCGCGCAGUGUUUCCAGGCAAGUGAGCAUCAGACGCAUAAGUACAGAAUCGGAACUUCGUCGGGAGGAGGGUGCUGUGAUUGUGGGGACGAGGAGGCCUGGAAGACCCACCCCUAUUGCUCCCAUCAUCAACCCACAGAAGAUUGCCCGGAUGGUGAGACUAGUCUUCUGCCAGAUGAAGUGCACGUGAGAGUGAAGACGAUGUUGCGCUUGAUUGUGGACCAGUUCAUCUUCUAUCUCAGCAUUUACACUGACAAAUUCGACCCCUCUCAUGCGCCAAAUGGGAGUGAUGAACAGUGUGUAGUGCUGUACAAUGACGAACUGCACACCUUCGAACAGGUUAUUGAAUCGCUGAAGAGGGCUCUGCUGUGUGACAGCACUCGGGCGAAAGCUGUUGCGACUGCAGUUGACAAAGAGGGCAGACACCUCGUGUUUCGCGGAAGAGUGAGCGAGUGUGAGAAGGUGCGCACAAAAAUAGACGACGGAAUCAAAAAAGCGUCUGCGACUCUGUCCCGCAAGAAACCCAUCCACAUCCUGGUGAUGAUGGAGACACUGUUUAACAUGCAGAAUGUUGUGCAGAAACUGCUUCAGUGGAUGGUGAAAAUAACUUCUAAAUUAGGCCAAUUCAGAAGAAUCUUCUGUGAUUUGCUACUGAGUGAAAACUACAAGCCUGGACAGACUAUUAUUCUGGAAACGACUCUCCUCAAUGACACGAGACUGUGGAAAAGUGUGCGGUCAGACUGGCAUGGGAUGUUGAUCAAGACCUUUCUGAUCGACUCGGACCACAAGAAACAAUUUGCCAUCUAUUUUGUAACGCACUACAACCGUAUAAUGAAGGACUACGCGAACGAUGAGCAUCACCACAACACCUCAGUGUCGGCACUGACAGUGCAGAUAUUCACAGUCCCCUCCAUCGCCAAGUACCUCAUCUUCCACGCAGACGCCCUCUACAUUGUACUGGAUACUCUCGUCUCAUCCUGUACCACUGAAUCAAGCAAUGGCUCCUCAUUGACGUUCGAAAUGAAGAAGCUGAAAUCGAAUUUCUACAACUACCAUUAUUGCACUUAUCACAUAACGUACCUCCUGCACAAUCAGUUGGAUGGUUGGGACGACGAAAAGAGGAGAACUUUAUUCAGGGCAUUCCUUCUCUACGCCAAGUUAUUAGCUUCAAUGGAGAACCAAGUGUCGGUGAAGCGUGAAUUGAAGCACCACAUUGAGGUGGAACCAGAAUGGGAGCCGGUGAUGCGCCUGGAACUAAACCUGAGUUCAGUCCAUUCUCAGAUGCUGGACAUCGUAUCCAGUGACGAUCAACUCCUCAUCGAGUGUAUUUUAGUCGCGUCAAACAUUCUGGAGCGUCAGUCUCGAAAAAAUUCUGUGGAAACGGACAAGAAAAAAUUCGGAGGAGUUCAGACAAAAUGCAUUGCGAACCCUGUUGAGACCAAUCCAGUGUCGGUUCAUUUGCAGCUGCACAGAAUCCUUGCCGCUUUAGUCGGUCGAGCGUGUCACGUGCUCUCAGCGAGGAAUGAAGAUGACUGGUAUGGGAAUCUGCGUAUAGCCUUCUGUCAUAUCCCCUAUGAUCAGCUAAUGGAACCUUGUCUGAGAGUCAUAGUACUGGCGGCUCAAGUCAUCCAUGCUAAUAUGUGGAAACGAAACGGCUUUUCUUUAGUCAAUCAAAUUCAUCUGUACAACCGAAUCUCGGGCAGGGUUCAUAUGUAUAACCAAGACAUAGCCAUGCUUCAAAUAUGUGCGUGUAAAACACCUUCCAUGGACGAAUUUCUUAUCCACCUGUUGAAUAAGUUUCACCUGAAACUACUCGACUGGUUCGAACCCAGACAGGAACAGCACGUGUCUCUGGAGGACUUGUCCAAAACGUACUUGGCACUGAUCGAGGAGUUUCUCUACCUCGUGAUUGUGCUUCUGUCUGAACGCCAUACAGUUUUGACUGAAAAGUUCGAGAAAGAUGCGGAUCUGCAGAGCGAGCUGCUUCAUAUUCUGCUCAUGGGAGUCCAUUCACACUCGGAAAUAGUCAAGAAGGUUACUCUGAGAGAUGAAGUCGCAGAGAUAGACGAAAACCUGCACUUGGUGGCCGAUUUUGACCCGAAGUCGAAGAAGUUCAAGGCGAAGAAGGAGGUCAAGGAGAGACUGUUCAACCCCAUGUGCUACCAUCUGUCUCGAUCAGAACUGUCAACCAUUGAGGCGAACAUAUUGACGGAGCGGAAAGAAAACAAUCUGCCUGAGUACGUGGAGCCGUCGAUUUUGCCCUCGAUCAGACCAGAACUAAGGACCAUUCUGAGCAUGUUUGACAGUGAUGUGCUGAUAUUCAUUCUUCACACUCUGUUGCGACGCGCACUCUACAUGUCGGACCGUUUCUACUCGGAAAACAUCGUCCAUUUCUCGGUCUACAUCAUUGCCAUGGGAAUCAAUGAAGAAAUGCAACAAUUGAAUCAGAAAAAGAGAGUGCCAAAUGAUGCCAGUCCGGAGCUUAACUUCACCCACAAGUGUUUUAACUUCACAGGUGGAAAUGUACACACGGAGAAAUACAAUUCAGUGGCAUUCUACUUGAAAGAACUCCUGAAAACAGACAGCAGAGUGGACUGUUACAAGCCGUUGAUACGGUUUGUUUUGGAUCAGCAGAAGAAAGUGGCGCUUAAGAGGGCCGAAUUACAGCCUGAUAAUCAAAGUGGUCUGCAUGAAAGUCUGACUAUGGACUGUGAGCCUGUGACAUCGAAUGGAGGCUCAAUUCAGAGGAACGCAGAAGGUUCGACCGAGAGGAACCGGAAACGACAGCGGGAGCUGGCAAAGAGGACUCGCGAGCUGGCGAUGGAAGCAAUGCGAAGUGCACAGAGUGCAUUCACAAGCAAACACUCGUACGAGUUGGACCACAUUGUGUCUGCUGAUGUGAAAGAUACAGCUGUUGACUCAAUGUCUUUGCAAGCAUCGACGGUUCUCCUCGGAGCGGAAUGCACAAAGUUGAGUGCCCCUAAAACGAAUACAGAGUUGUGUCUAGUCUGUAAAUCUGACCGCCUUAUCCUGUUCGGAAGCCAAUUGGAUAGCACGACAUCCACGACUCCCGUGGACCGUGACUCACCCAGAGAUGUCGCGGAGGCAAGUGUAACAGCGAUGGUUUCGGAACCUGACACAUCCAUGGACACAUCAGGAAGCGAACCGUAUGACCCGAUAGAUGAGCUGAUGGUGCAGAUUGCCUUCAUCCAGAGGACCACCCUCUGGUCUCAGUCGAAGGACUCCGCCCACCAACUGCCCACUGGAGAUGAACUGGAUAAUUACGACCCAAUUCCCCCUAUGGCCACACUACCCUGGGGCUCACUGGUGACCUCGUGUGGACAUAAUCUGCACUAUGGAUGCUGGCAAAAAUACUUCAAAAAUCUGGUUAAAGAUGAGCAAAGCCGAAUGGGAAUUCGCCGUCUUACAAUGAGCAAAAGUUUGGGCUACAAUUUGGAAAAGGGUGAAUUCCUCUGUCCCAUGUGUGGAGCGAUAGCAAAUGCCACUAUCCCUCUAAUACAACCAGAAAUAUUGGAACCCUACUCAAAAAUAUCGCCCAAAAUCAAUGAUUUGAAAACUGCCGACGAUGUGCAGUCGUACUUUGACAUGCUGCACGAGUUUUCUAACUUCGGUUGUACGAGAAGUGACGUCAUGUCAAGUCCGACUGUGUUCGAAAACAUGACAGGGAUAGAGAAAGGUUCAAAUGAAAGGUUUGAGCAGCUGGCGGACAAUGUGGAGAGAUUGCUGAAGCAUUUUGCAGAGAGUGUGUAUAUUAAGGGUCUGGAGGUGAACCCGGUCGAGAACAAUCCGAGGAUCCCGGUGGUGGUGUGGAACUCUGUCGCCACCACUAUACUUGCACAAGAAUAUUCCUGUCGCUUCUCACAGAAGUCACUGUUUGCACAAUCGAUGCGAGAGGAAAACUUGGAGUACCUGUGUCGAAACCUGAUGCUAAUGCCCAAAUUGAGUGCACAGUACUUGAACUUCUCCAAGAAACACUUGCUGACUCUGUUUCGGAAGAUAUUCCUAGACUUCAGUCCCUCCGCAUUUCUCUACGAGUACGAUCUAUUCUACUAUAUGGUGUACAUGGUGUCUUCACUGCACCUGCUGCAUGCCUCGGAUCCGAGCCAAGUGUCAGUGCCUGCGGCCAAUAUGUUCAUGCGAAGGAGUGUCUACAAGUUCAUCCUGGUCCACUUUGUCAAUCUACAUGUCACUCAGGUGCUCCUCAAGAUGGCACAAGACAUUGCAGCAAAUGAAGAGCAACCGAUGCUAAUCGAUGAUCCGAAACAGUCGAAUGUAGAUGACUCUACCGCGAACUCUGAAGACUCGAAGAAGUCGACCGCCGAAAUGACGAUUCUGGAUGUGUUCAAUCUCUUGGUGGAGAGAUGUGGUCUCAAACUUCCCCCGAAAAGUGUGACUCUAUCUAGGGUCUUAUCUAGGCUGGAGGUGUGUCUCGUUCCUUGGCUCAGAUGUGCAGCUCUCUUUUUCAAGUCUAUGUUGAUGGCUGGACCAACUCCAACGAAACUUGAAAACGAUGACAAUAAUUUGGAGCUGUUAUGUCAGUACUUGGGCAUCCCACACAAUCUGGAGGAUCUGAUCAAACCCCUGGAGAAGUCUCUGCUAAAUGCCACCUCACUCACACCAUACGUGUUAGGAAUGUGUGAUUCUAUGCGAUGUGAUCUGGCCCUCAAUUCACACGUGAAUGUGAGCUACCCACUGGAACCUAUCCAACUGAUUGAACUACCACACGACUAUGUCCAACUGAUCAACCAGCCCAUCAAACUGUGUCCAUCCACUGGAAACACGAUGCGAUGUCCAGCUAUCUGUAUGGUCUGCCGAGAGGUGAUCUGUUCUGGCUCGUUGUGCUGCCAGAUUGAAGAGCCAGAGACAAACCAGGUGAAAGGGGCGUGCAUGCAGCAUGUGGAGAAAUGCACUCGUGCUUCUGGCCUUUUCCUCAGACCCCUCGAGUGCAGGAUUAUGUUCAUCAGUGCGGGUGGAAAGGGAUGUUUCUAUGGGGCGCCUUACGUGGACGAAUACGGCGAAACUGAUUCCAGCCUCAAACGUGGCAAUCCGCUCUUUUUGAACGAGGAGAUGUUGAACAACCUAAAGCGCAUCUGGUACUCGCAGAGCAUCGCCGAAACAGUCAGUCGGCAGCUGAGCAAGGCGAAUGCCAGACUGCAAGUGUUCGACUGGAACGAGAUGUAAUCCAGUCAGUGAGUCGAUCAAUUCUGCCUCCAUAAACCACCUAAUGAUGAAAGAGCCGAGAGAUAACUGAGCAUCCAUAUGUAUUACCAGACUCUUAGUUCAAACAUAGCAGCCUCUCGGUUGGUUUAGAAAUUUAUUUUUUUUAAAGUAGUGAACAAAUUUAGGCAUCUACUAAUGGGAAAGAUCUGUGGAAAACUUUUUUCGCCCUGUGACCGUGAAGCUGUAGAAAACUGCACCAAAUUGGAAAUUAGUUGUUCGUUUUAGUAUAGCCUGCUUAAGAUUUCAUUUUUGGUGGCAAAAGUUUGCCAUAAGAUUUUGACGUGUGAAUGUACCCGAAAUCAUAUAGAAGUCACAUUUGAAUUUAUAGCAUAGUAAAUACAAAAGGUGCUUUUUUAUUAAUGCCUAUUUGACCAUGACAGGAUUGAUGCAUACUUUAUUUAGAGUUUCUUUUCAUAGUGUCGAAAACUGAACUAACUCUUGCUGCUUUGCAACUACUACCGGUUAAAUAACUUGGCUUUGUAAAAUUAAUUCUAAUUUGGGAACUUACUCUGAUUGACAAGAAUUUCAAAUAAAUAAAAUAUUUUUUAAAUGUAAAACAUCAGACGCGA